CGCGUGCGUGCUCCUCCUUCCCUGGGCGAAGAGCAGCCGGGCUCUGGCCCGCGGAUCCCGGCUCACAGCUCUGGCGGAAGUAGAAGCGGAAGCUGGGCUGGGGGCUCAGGAAGAGGAUGAAGACGAGGAAGAGGCGCUGCCGCACUCAGAAGCCGUGGACGUGUUCCAGGAGGGUCUCGCCAUGGUAGUGCAGGACCCGCUGCUCUGCGAUCUUCCCAUCCAGGUUACUCUCGAAGAGGUCAAUUCACAGAUAGCAUUGGAAUAUGGCCAAGCAAUGACAGUCCGAGUUUGCAAGAUGGAUGGAGAAGUAAUGCCGGUGGUUGUAGUGCAGAAUGCCACGGUCUUGGACCUGAAGAAGGCCAUCCAGAGAUAUAUGCGGCUCAAGCAGGAGCGUGAGGGAGGCAUUCAGCACAUCAGCUGGUCAUAUGUGUGGAGAACAUACCAUCUGACCUCUGCAGGAGAGAAGCUCACAGAGGACAGGAAGAAGCUCCGAGAUUACGGCGUCCGGAACCGGGAUGAGGUUUCCUUCAUCAAAAAGCUUAGGCAAAAGUAAGCCUCAUAUAAGGACAUCUCUACUAACUGAUGGCCAGACAUUUCCCAGCAUGAUGGAGACCUCUUAUCACUAUCCUCACCAUAAGAAUAUUUAUUUGGCUGGCUGCCUCCCUGGUGUACCUACACAGCAAUUAUCAGCCUGAGCCCUGAGACUCAGAACCAACACAGGGCCAGCUUCUGUCCCUUCCUUUCCUAGGAACUAAGCCUGCCCUCUCCCUGGGCCUGAAGAGUUUGACACAAAAUCAGAUAUUAUAUGGCUAGAGGUCUGGCCUAAUGUGCAGAAUAAACCUAUUUGCUUCACA